GGAGGGGACAUCAGUGAGAUCACAGGGUGUGAGGACCUGGGCUGAGGUGCAGAGUGGGGGGCUGGGAGGCCCCAGGAGCUCAGCGGCUGCUCCAGGCGCCACCCCAGACCUGCCCAGGCUGUGGAGGCCUCACUGACCUCCGCUCCACCCCACCCUCUGCUCCCAGCUUGCCAGGGAGAGGACGGGAGGCCAGCCAAUCCUGAGGCCGAGGCCACGCCCCCGGCCAGCAUGACCUGAGUCCAUAAAUACACCUGCCGGGACCCAGCCAGAGGACUCACACCUGUCUCAGCACGCACACCUGGGAGACACGCAACCCCUGCCCUCCACCUGCCAGGAACACGCAGAGGCGCACCUGCCAGCCAGGGCCACCGAGACAGCUGGCGACCAGCCCAGGAGGCACACCUGCCCGUGGAGCACAGGCUGGCCUGGCCCGGAGGAGAGCAGUGGUGGAGAGCGAGGAGUCUCGGAGCCUGGCCCCGGCCGGCCAGGAGCACCAUGCCCCGGCCCCGCUGACCCCCGGCCGCCAGCCCAGAGCCAUGUCAUCACGCCAGCAGGUGUGGCACACGGCCAUGCCGCCCCCCAGCCUGAGCAGCCCCACGGCCCCCGUUCCCAGAUCCCCCAGCUCGGUCAGCGGCCUCAGGUCCCCCGGCUCGGUCAGCGACCCCAGAUCCCCCAGCUCGGUCAGCGGCCUCAGGUCCCCCGGCUCGGUCAGCAACCCCAGAUCCCCCAGCUCGGUCAGCGACCCCAGGUCCCCCGGCUCGGUCAGCGACCCCAGGUCCCUCGGCUCAGUCAGCGACCCCAGGUCCCCCGGCUCGGUCAGCAACCCCAGGUCCCCCGGCUCAGUCAGCAACCCCAGGUCCCCCGGCUCGGUCAGCGGCCUCAGGUCCCCUGGGACCCCCGGCUCGGAGAAGGUGGCCUCCCCGCUGGAGUGCUCCAUCUGCUUCUCGGGCUACGACAACAUCUUCAAGACGCCCAAGGAGCUGUCCUGCACCCAUGUCUUCUGCUUGGAGUGCCUGGCACGGCUGGCGGCUGCCCAGCCAGCUGGCCGGCCCGGCAGUGAGGCUGUGCCCUGCCCGUUCUGCCGGCAGCCCACCACCGUGCCCGCCGACGGGGCCCCCGCACUGCGCACCAGCCGCCAGCUGCAGGCCAAGAUGCCGGCGCACCUGCGGCGGGAGGAGCCCGUGUGGCUGGAGGGCACCAAGCUGUGCUGCUGCCUCCCACCCUCUGCGCCUGGCCUGGCGACGCCCGGCUUUGUGUGCGUGGACGUGGGCCUGAGCAAGCCCGCUGAGCCCGCGGUGCCCAUCCCCAGCCCCAGCCCCACCGGCCGCCGCCGGGGCCGCCUCGCCCGCUGCUGGGCCCGCUGCGGGGACUGGAAGCGCCUGGCGCUCAUCACGGCCCUGCUGCUGGCGCUCUUCUGCGUGGUGCUCUGGCCUGUGCAGUGCGCGCUCAGGACCGGGAGUCUGCACUGCCUGACCCGGCCGCCCACCAGUGCCGCACCAGCCACCGUCACCUACCCAGCCACCUUCCCUCUCGGGCCCCUGGCCGAUGACUAGGUUGUCCACGCUCCAUGCUGGGUCCCCGCCCACAGCGGGAGUUGGGGUGCAGUGGCUGUUGGGAAUCUGUCCCAGGACCCCACAAGAGCCCCAGCAUCUCUGAGGACCCCACUUGGCUCACCUGACCUCACUCUGGGGCUGGGUCCUGAUGGCUCCCCGAAGCCUCCACGAAUAAUAGGCUCCUAUGAGCCCCAGAGAACACCCCUAACUCCCAGGAUGCAGUUGUGGAGACCGAGGCCCAGGCAGACCGCCUGGCAGGGCCCCCCUGUAUGCACUGUGAAUCGCCCACAGGGGCAGCCCCUUGCUGAGCAGGGAGGGGUGCCCCGCCCUUACGUUCACAUUUCACACCCACCCGGCUCCUUCCCCGGGCAGGGCCGGCCCCUCCCGUGGGGUCCAUCCGACCUUCCUGAACUGAACGUUUUUAAAUAAAUUAUUUUGUAUCCAC